AUGUCUCCGUAUGCAUUGGUAUUUGGUAAAGCAUGUCAUCUGCCAUUGGAGCUGAAAUAUAACGUGUUGUGUGCGGUAAAGAAGCUUAACUUUGAUUUAAGAGCAGCAGGAGAAGCAAGAAAGCAACAACUGGUCGAGCUUAAUGAGUGGAGAACGCAAGUUUAUGAAAAUGCCAAAAUAUACAAGGAACGGACAAAACGAUGGCAUGACAGUAGGCUAUGCGGUAAAAAUCUCCAUGUUGGACAAAAGGUCUUACUCUUCAAUUCACGCCUCCGGCUCUUUCCUGGCAAGUUAAAGUCGUGUUGGUCCGGACCCUUCAUCAUCAAAGAAAUAUUGCAGCAUGGUAUGGUGGAGCUGGUUACUGAGGUCGGGAGCCGUACAUUUAAGGUUAAUGGGCAGUGA